UAAUACAUACCGUCUGCAAACGCAGCGACAAAACCUUGUGGCAUGAUUACCACGUGCUUUCUUUGCCUAAUAGUGUCGGUGUUUUCCGCGGAUGUUCCUCAUCCAAAACUAGCGCAUCUUGCUUCUGGAGAUGUGGAGAUUUCACUAGAUGGAGCUCCGGGAAUGAAAGUGUAUGACGUAAUGUACACUAUCAAGGGCAGAAAGCACCAAGGACCUUUUCAUCAGGGAGCCGACGGUCGCUGGUAUCAUCGCAACCAUGCUGCAGCAUUCGACGGUCAAGGCAAAAUUGGAUAUACCAUCGUUGGGGAAAUUGAGGGAAAAACUAUAGUAUCCAAAGGAAACUUACAACCAGAGGUCACCGGUUUAGUUAUUUCUCCACCAAGCCGAGUUGAAAGGUCAUGUAGCCGUGUGCUCCGUGACGAUUUCUAUGGAUCUUUUAAUACAGGCAAUUGGGACUAUGAAGUUUCCAUGUACGGAGGUUAUAACUGGGAGGUGCAAGCAUAUGUCCCGGAUGCAAGAAACGUAUUCACGAGGAACGGUCAUCUUUUUAUUAAGCCAACUCUUACUACGGAUCACCCCAACUAUAACGAUGCAUCAUUACACACUGGUGUUAUGGACUUGAAACAAAUGUAUGGAUAUUGUACCAACGCUGAUCGCUAUGGAUGCUAUCGCAGGGGUAGUGAUGGCAUUUUGCCUCCUGUCAUGUCCGGAAAAAUCAAGUCAAAAACAAACAUCAGAUUUGGCGUUGUUGAGGUCAUGGCAAGAAUACCAAGAGGAGAUUGGAUAUGGCCAGGUAUUAUACGCUUUUGA